AUGGAAAUAAUAGAAGAGCUUGCAUCUAAUGACGAAGGAAGGAGCAACGAAAGGAGUAAGGUGCAUAGGGUAGCGUCUACUACAGAUCAUGAUCCUAUGAGUGCCCUAUCCGACAAGCUGGAUGCGCUGACUAUGAAAUUUGACUGCAUUGCAAUGGGACAGCCGUCUCAAGAACCCCAAGGAAAAAUGGGGGACGUGAACUAUGUGAAUCAAUGGGACAACAACCGGUACUUCAAUAAUCACCGCCCCAACUUUCAGGGUGGAGGAUAUAAUCAGUUCGGGAACAAAUGGCAUCCCAAUCUCUCUUAUGGAAACCCAAAUAAUGCUCUGCAACCACCCCCGGGGUUCACAGUUACUGAUGGAGUGGUUAAUGAUCCGAAGAAGAUGAUCACGGAAGACAUACUCAAGUCUUUCAUGCUACAGUCCAACAAGCUCAUGGAGCAUAACAAUCAAAGGAUGGAGAAGGUUGAGACAGAUGUGCAAAGUAUGGCCACUCAUCUGAAGAACAUCGACACACAGAUCAGCCAGAUUUCCCAGACUGUGAGUACUAUUACUCAAUCGGGAAAAUUCCCUUCGAACACCAUCAUAAAUCCCAAAGAAUGCAAAGCUGUGCAUCUAAUGAAUGGCACUGUUUAUGAAGCUCCCUCACUGCCUGCGACCACAUCUGAUACCGUUCUUGAGCCCAAGGCUGCCGUGGCAGAGAAGGAAAAGGAGGCUGAAAAUGAGAAUACUGGCACCACUUCUGGAGUAAAGGUGUCAUUCGCGCAUGUACUGAAUCAGAAGAAGAAGAAAGAUGAUCAGUUCACUCGAUUUCUGGACAUCUUCAGAAAGGUGCAUGUGAACAUUCCUUUGAUCGAGGCACAGCAGCAGAUGCCUAAGUACGCUAAGUUUCUGAAGGAGGUGAUAGCCCAGAAGACCAGUUGGGGGCAGGUUGACACUAUUAAUCUAACUGAAAAUUGCAGUGCUCUGCUGCAAAGGAAACUGCCUACCAAGCUGAAGGAUCCUGGAAGUUUCACUGUCGACUGCCUCAUUGGGGGCUAUAAGGUGGAGAAUGCUCUCUGCAAUCUAGGCGCGAGCAUUAAUCUAAUGCCACUAUCGGUGUUCAAGCAAAUGAACAUUGGUACUUUGAAGCCCACCUCAGCCACACUACAGAUGGCAGACAGAUCUGUCGUGUAUCCAGGGGGCAUCGUGGAAGACCUACUAAUUAAGGUCGGGGAAUUUAUUUUUCCCAUCGACUUUAUGGUCUUGGACAUGGAAGAAGACAAGGGAGUCCCCCUACUGCUAGGACGUCUCUUCCUUGCCACUGCUGAGGCAAAUAUAAACGUGAAAAAAGGGAGAGUUGACAAUCUUCAUGGGAGAAGAAAGUCAAACGUUUUCCCACAAACCGAGAAGCAUGGAUGGAAGAACUGA